GAUCGAAGCGGCGAGGCGGCGGCCAAUCGGCGGUGGCGCGGCGGGCACCCCGGCAAAAUGGCGGCGCCGGUGGGGUGGAUGCGGGGCUGUCGUCGUAACUUGCGGCAUGCCCGGUAGCCGGCGGAAGGGGUCUUGCCUCAAGCCCGCCGCCCUGAGGAGGCGGAGCGGCGGGGGCGAGGAGCAGCUCACCCGGCGGCGGCCGCCGGAGUCCCCGGCAGAGCCCUCCGCGGAGGACGCGGCUGCGGCCAGCGGCGCGGAAGGCUGUGCGGGCCCGAGCCUGCCCGCGGGGGAGGCGCCGCGCGCGCCCCGGCCGUCGCCGUCGCGGGAGGCGGCGGUGCGCGGCGCUGCAGAGUCAUGUUUGCAUAAAACACCAAAGAGAUCGUUGAGUAGGAAAUCCCGAAUACCUACUUUCAGCUCCCCUGUUAACGAAACCGAUGUACAGCAAGAAAUCUUUUGGGAUCCUCAUUCACCAAUUGCACACAGACUAGGCACUGGAAAAACCAAACAGGCGACCAGUAGAUGCGCAGUAGAAAUCUCAGACAUUGUAAAUCGUAUCGCUCCUCAGGAUGAAAAAGCAGGCUGUAAUGAAGACUCCCUUUUAGGGACAUGGAUUGGUGAGGAUGCUAUUCCCUGUACACCUGGAGUAGUAAAAGUGCGACCUAGGACAAAGUUAAGUUGCACAAGAGAUCUUAAAAUAAAAAAUCCUGAAGAGGAACUCAUGAAAUUGGCUAAGGAAUUUGAUAAAAAUCUCGUAGAGCUAGAUGCUGUUCAGGAACAAGAGAAGCUUGGUCAUGACGUCAUCCAGACUGCCUCAGAGUCUUCAAAUCAUUCUAAAGCUGAAGUAAAUAGGAAGAACCUGAAAUCACUCCUUGGUGAAGUUUCUGAAACAGAUACUGUUCUCUCCCAGAAACCAGUUGGACAGAGCACCGGUAUCCCUGCUGCAGACCCCUGUCCAUCUAGCAGUCAGAAAUCUAUAGACCUUGAAGCUGAAGUAGCCCUCCAUGCUCUUUUUGACUGCUCUACCCAGAAGUGUAGUGGACAGUUGAGCCAAGGACUAUCAGAUAUAUCUUUAAAUAAUAGUUUCCAUGAAAAUAAAAGCACCUUGGAGGAGGGACACCUUCCUGAGCAACAUAAAGACACCCAACCUUGUAAUUCAGAGGCAUAUAAAACCAAUAUUCUAUGUACACUAGGAAGUGUGAACCAGGCUUUUCCAAAAUCUGAUACUCACACACGGACCAAAAAACAUCCUUUGAAGCCACAGUUAGUGGCUUCCGUUAAGCCUGAUGGAGCAGUUAAUGAUGACUUUGAUGAUUGGGAUUCAGAUUUUUUGGCAGAUGACUCUUUUGUGAUGCAAAUAACCCAAAAUCCUGAAUUGAUAAGUCCUGAAGAAGCACCACCAAUUCCUACAAACCUAUCUGUGCAUGGUUUCAGCAAUGCUAGCAGAACUAACGAAAGAAGUAGCCACAAUUCAGUUACUUGUUUGGGGAGUGUACAUGAAUCUAACAGUUUGCAGUUUUCACCUUUGAAACAUCCUAGUAAAAACACAACAAAUGGUGUAAAAUCUCCUCUACAAAAGCCAUAUAAGACACAAAACUCAAAGACAGAGACCACACCCUUUCAUGGCAAAAGUAACACUAAACCAGAUAAAAUAAAUCCUGUUUGGAAGAGUGCCCAAAAUAGCGGUUUGAACUAUAUAUCUGUUUCAUUGCAAUCUGAAGUGAAGGAUGGAAGUGAAACUAUGCAGCCUAAAAGUGCCUCUCUUCCCGUUUUUCCUUCAAGAUCUAAUCCUUAUAGACAAUGGUCUGGAAAACCUGGGAAUAACACACAUGGUAUUUUCUGUGAAUCAUCCAGUGUUUCUACAAAUAUGAAACCUAAGGAUCUAACUAAGGUGAUUAACCAAGCUAAUGCAGCUCACUUAAAUCAACUUGAAAUAUCAAAGAAGUGUUCUCUAUCAUUUGAUGACUGGAAUGAACCAAAAUUCUCUGAUGAGAUAUUAGAUAUGUUUUGUGAAUCCGAUAGUCUAUGGGAUGCAAAUUGUGAGGAUGAUGAAUUGCUGUAUCAGGUGUGUGAUGAUAUAGAAAAGCAGACUCAGAUCCAGGAUGUUAAACAAGGAAAUGAAAGAGCUAAAACUAUACAAGGAACAAGUAUUAGUGCCAGAUCAAAUAUUGAUAACAGCUUCCCAGAAUCUAAACAAGGACUAGCUGAUCUCUUGGCACAAAAAACAAACGGAAAACAGGAUGCUUUCUCAAUAAACGGUUCCUGUAGGAAUUUGUCAAAGAUUCCACAUGGGCUGGCCACAACAGGUCACAUAGUGAACUGUAAGAAUGUCUCAACUCCUCAAACUGUGAUCUCAGGUACUUCCACGGAGUGUAAAUACACACUGUCUAAAAACUGUCAUCAAGCUGCUUCUGAAGAUACUACAAAGACUGUGGCAGGAAAAUGGUACAGGUCAAAUUCUGUGCCGGCAGGAGAGACUGGUUCUGAAGUAAGUCCUGUUAAUGCAGUAAAUAUUUUUGGUAGCAAAACUCUAGACAGUCCAGAUCUUUUGUAUAAUAUGGGGAAGAUGCCAAGUAACAGUUCUGGUAACAAAACAUCACUUAUGCCUUCAAAGUUUAAGUUCCGAAAGACUAAUAAUUUUCAAGGUGCUCUUCAUGUAGGGUCUGAAAAGGCAGGGAGUCAUUCUGGCAUUGGGAUUACUCUGCAGGUUUUGGAAGGAAGCAAGAAUCAGGUGAAUGUGACUUUGCACAGCAGGCUUGACAAUAAGAAGUCACCUUUCAAGAGGCACCUUUCAGAGUCUUUUGCACUGCCGACAGCAGCGUCUGUGGUGGAGAAUAAAACCAGAAAAUGUUCUCAAGAGGAGAUUGAAAGAAAAAAGCAAGAAGCUCUUGCACGAAGAAAAUCCAGAAUGCAGGCAUACGUUAAAGAUGCCUGAAUUUGGAGUUUGUCUCUUGAGUGAUGCUGAUUUUCUGAGCACCCAGGAUAGAAAGGCCUUGGAGGUUUGGAGCUUCUCAACUAAAAUGCUACCACUGCUCUCCCUGUGAAAGCAGGGGAAAGCAGAUACUAAGAUAUGAUCAGAUAAAGGUUUGUUCAUCAUUAUUUUCCUUAUCUGCAUCUAAAAUUAUGUGCUGUGGAAUAUACAUACAUACAUUCACACCCUUCCAGGUCAUGCUGGUGAGAGAUCACAUAUAAAGCAUUUGAGAAAUCUAGUAAUACUGGGGUUUUAUUGUGUUGUAUCAGAUUUUCAGAGGCCAGCAUCCAGCAGCUCUUCAAAUUUUGGCUUAUAAAGGCACAAUUAAUCUUUGGGCUGCAAUUCAGGAAUAGCAAUGUAAUCUUUCUUAUACUAUGUGUACCACUUAUUACAUCUAGACCUUUAUACCCAGAGGAAUAACAGAUGAAUUCAUUGAUUAUAUCUUUUUAAGCCUAAAAAGAGCUACAAUUUGUCAGGAAAGAAUAGCUGGAAGCAACAGAUAGUGACCUAAAUAGUAGAAUUCCAAAGAUAAAAUAGAAGAAAAUGAACACAAAUGCUUCUUUGUUUGAGAGCUGUAUUGUCUGCAACACACUCCAGUGAAUCCAGUGUUUGUGGAAGAGGCCAAGGCAGAUAGAAUCUGUGGAGCUAAAAAUGACAGCCUGAGUAAGUAGCCAUCAGAGAUGAAGCCAGGGAGACUGGCAAUUGUGCUGUAAAUCAUAACUGCAAUAUUUGUUCAAAGCUCCAGUUACUAUGCAUACCGGCGGUUUUGCCAGAGCAGUCAGAAAAGUCCUGCCUCAUAAAACACUUAAAGAUAUCGAAUGUACUGUUCUUGUGGACCUAAAUAUAAAUUUCUGACUGUUGUCUGGGUGUAAUGUCAGUGUGGUAGCUGGCAAACCAUUAAGGGCCCGAUUCUACUUCGCAGCAAUUCCCUUAAAGCACUGGAGGUAAUGGAGUGACUCAGGCGAAAGAAAAAUCUAGCCCAUGCAUUUCAUUAUUGUAAGUAGUUGUUGGUUUUAGCACAUAAAUCUAGUAAAACAGCAUUGCAUUUAUCGUAAAUUGUUAUUGUUUAUGCACAUUUUCAAAGUUUUUGAGGAAAAGGUUGCAUUUAUGCAUAACUUUUAAAAGCCGCAGUUAACAGCUUUCACCUCAAACACUGUAGUUAACAGAGGCGAGGAGAGGACUACAGGAUUUAUAGAUUUCCUUUUUAAUGAGGCCGUCUGCCCUUUGCAGCUUGUCCUUGCUAAAGGAAAAACUUGAUUCAGGUUUUAACCCUGGAAAAUGAGGACCCAUGUAGACAUGGGAAGGAAGCUUUGCACUCGCUGCCAUGCUCUCCGUGAACAGAUGUCCAAAUAAAAUAUUAUAUACUGAGCACAGCAGUUGAGGUCUGGGGUGUGAUUUUUUUGAGGGAGCUGAGCAGGGUGGGAUUUCUUACAUGCCUAAAGCUGAGCAUAUGUUGGGCAUGUUUUGCAGAAUCAUGGCUGUAGGGCCAAGUGUCUAAGGAGGCUAUUUAAGCACCCGGGGAAGUUAACUACUGGGGAAUCACAUUGGUGAUUCACAGUGGUGUGAAAAAGAGCUUGAUGAAUAGUUGUUUUUAAAUAUCCCAUUGGAUACUCAGCUGAACCUGUGGGUUUUAAGAGACCUGCAGAAAGCUCAACCUCAAUGACAAACAAAAAAAACCUGACAUAAAGAAAGGAAGAAAAAUGUGUUCUCUGAGGCUUCUGUAACACUUCAGAAACAUUCGAGUAGGUGAAGUACUGCCUUCAGCAAUAAUGACUUGGAAAGGAGGUUGGUUGGCUGGGGGUUUUGGGGUUGUUUGUUUCUUUCUUUAAUUACCUCUCAUAUUCUCCAGAAAACAAGCAACCAACCAACAUAUAUGCUUGGAAAUAGGACAAAUUUGAAUUCCUGUAUUCCUGGUUGCUUCUUAUAGGAUGCACUCUACCUGGGUAAGGCCAGAUGUUUCUGUAAACCCCAAUGCUUGUAAAUGAAGAUGACAUUAACCCAAAUAACUAUUUUGUUAUUGAACUUAAACAGGUGCUAGUGAUGAAUAAAUGAAACCAAAUUUUACAGAA